CCUCACCGCCGCAUCCCCCGCCCUGCCCCCCCCCCUCUGAUUGCCCCCUGCGCAUCGCCUCCUCCUUCCUUCUCUCCCUCUCCCCCUGUCCCUCUUUCUCCCUCUCUCUCUCCGCCCCCCUUUUCCGAUCAGCAUAAUGGCCCCUCCCCCUCCUGUUGCCAAGCGCGGCUCUGGCGUCCGCGUUGUCCGCGCCAUGUAUGACUACACUGCUGUCCGCUCGGAUGAGCUCUCCAUCAGCGAGGGCGAUCUGCUGUAUGUCCUUGAUGCCUCCGGCGAGUGGUGGCUCUGCCGCAGCGGUGGCCGCCAGGGCCUCAUCCCCUUCAACUACGUUGAGGAGCAUGCCGAGACUGUUGAGCACCCCCUGCACGAGGCCGCGAAGCGUGGUAACGUCGAGCUCCUGAAGGAGGCUCUCGAGGUCGGCCUGUCGGUCAACACCCUCGACCACUCCGGUGCCACUCCUCUUCACUGGGCCUCUCGCGGUGGGCACGAUGAGGCUGUCCGUCUGCUCCUCCAGCGCAAGCCGGUCCUCGAUGUCAAGAACAAGCUUGGCGACACCCCCCUCCACAUGGCUGCCUGGGGUGGUCACCCGGCCGUCAUCAAGACUCUGCUUGAGGCCGGCGCCGCGCGCGACCUCCUCAACAACGAGGGUCAGUCGCCAUACCAGCUGGCCAAGUCCCGGUCUCCUGAGGCCGCCGCCCUGCUCCAGGUCAUUCAUCUCAACCAUGGCGAUGUUGACUCUGGCGACGAGUCUGAUUAAAGGCCCGCACGCCGGUGCGCGCGGACACCUGUCCUGUGCCUCACCCAAGUACACCCCAUAUUCAUAUACACCCAUUCCCACACACGCACACACACACACACAUACAUACCCUGUGCUGUCCAUUCUCCCCUGCGGGUCGAGGACUUGCAAGAUCCCGGCACACAGUUCGUGCCCGGCAGAACCAGAUACACAUGCGUGCACGCACGCAAGCACGCACAUGUACACAUACAUAAUACGUUCAUGUAAACGCGAAGAUGGCACGUGUGCCCAGGUGUCUGGUUGAUUCGCCUACCGCCAUCGAGAGAUGGACAUCCUUCGGCCGCUGCUGCUCCGGGCUGGAAGGAUUGUCUCGGGGAAAUAUAGGCAUGUGCCCGUGGGAAAG